CAAAAUGUGGCCAUCUCUCUAUUCGAGCACAGGAAGCGACCAUGGCGAACGUGAUGCUAACGAGCGAGGCGGCGAAGGACCCAAACAAGCCCUUUGCACUGCGUGUGGAGGACGUGUGCGCCAAGUUUGAUGAGCUCGUGUCCGAGUGUCUGACGCUUGUGCAGUCAGAGGAACAAUCCCCUGAAGGCGAGGACCAGACGAAUGUUGAGGACCAAGUGGUCAAGAAGCUUGAGCAGUUCAACUCAGUCUGCGACGAGCUGUACAAGGAAAUACUUCGACGAAAGGAAAAGCUUUUGUAUCUCAUGGAGAAGAGCCCCAAGAAUGUGGAUCUGCAUCGCCAGAUCCAGACAGCAGGCAAUUUGGCCCAAGUGGUGGGCGACUUCCGCCACUUCCUGGAGACUGGCAAAGACCCGACGCAACAACAACAGCCCAAAGAUUAAUUUUACAAAUGAAAAAGAGGCCGUCAAAGCGGGGGCCUCAAUUGUAUUUUCAAGCUAGCCGAGUAGUCGAUCGGAAGCGAAAAUGAGGCAGUACUUAUCGCUCAGAUGUCUCCGAAUGGUAGUGAAGGUGUCGUUGUCUCGCUGGUUCGCGUGUCCGAUGGAGUUGUAACUGUAGUCGAGGCCGGAGGGGGGAUGAACGCUGGUGUGAGUUCUGCUUCCGAGCUAUGGAACGACUCGUCCGCGACUUCAAAGUAGGGCAUGACAGUGCUAGGGAGUAUCUGCGGCUCGAUCCCUGGCUUGGGCCAUGGACCAUCCUCGACAGUAUUAGACCGAAGCAGCAAUUCGAGUAUCGAACUAUCACUAGGUGGGCAGUGCAUUAUCGGAGGAGGAACAAGAGGCAUGUGCUGCUGCUUGGCGAGAAGUUCAUUCUGUAACAGACAAGACAACAGUUAAUUCUUUACAACAAGAGGAAGUCCAUACCAGUUUAGCCAAACCAACCUGCUUCUGCACGAGCUGGCUUAAGUGGUGAAGCUGGGUCGCGAGUCCAUCAAUCUUCCGGCUCAGUCUCACCUCUAGCAUCGUCAAAUCUGCA